AUGGAUAGACUUAUCGCUUACCCCUACUGGGUUCCGAUCACAAUAUGGGAGAAGCUCCAUAUGGACCAGUUCAAAUACAUACAUAACAACAAGCAUUACGAACCCGGCAUAUUAAUUAUUAGCGUCGAAGCCAGUUCCGGCACAAGCUCACCAGGCUUCGACUUCACUUUCAACUUUGACACUAUCGUUGGUCCUGAAAAUCUCAACAUGAACAUCACUUCUGUGUCAUCCCGCACUAUUAUUUUGGACUUCACUAGAAUCUGCUCGACUGCGCGGGAAGCAGAGAUACUGAACCUGGCGCUAGCGAGGGUUACCAUUGCUAUGCAUGGCAAGCUUGCGAUGGUUGUCAAACGUCUGAAUAUUGAUGGGUACUCCACGACAGCUGAUGGUGGCGCAACUAGCGCUAGGAAUGAGCACGAGAGAGAGAGGAAGAUAAAGCCCUGGGUUUCU